AAACCUGCUUGACGACACACGUUGCCGUCAUCGAGCUUUCUUUCUCUCGCACACACCGGAGGGAAGCGGACGGCGCAUUCGUUUCAGCUGUCAGUGGGAGGGACGUAGACGGCAGCACGCUCUCCCUCUCUUUCUUGUCACCCUUGGUGAAAUGGUGAACACCUUCUCGCGCUCACGGAGAAAAGCCAACACAGCGGCCAAGACCGUCUGUUGUACGAAAACGAAGUACCGUCAUCCUCCUUACGUAUCACGACACGUUCACGCUACCGCUCCCUGUAGCUAUGUCUGUGGAGCCGUUGACUCAUUUCAUCGCUGGCGGGUUGGCUGGUGCUGCAGGCACAGCUGUCACGUGCCCGUUGGAAGUCGUGAAGACUAGACUCCAAACGGAGGUGGGUCAAGGGUUGAUAAGACACUAUGGCCUCCAGCCAGCUGUGAGUGUAGCUGGGAGUAUGGAAGGGCACAUGACUACUGUACUAGUCCCAAGAGGACUAGCGUAUGCGAGGCACUUAUUUCAGACAGAGGGUGGUUUGGCAUUCUUCAAGGGCCUUGCUCCCAGUCUCUUUGGCAUUAUCCCUACCAGGGCACUCUACUUUACAGCUUACUCGCAGGCAAAACAGUUCUAUAACAGUGUGUUCAGGUACGAGAGUGCAGCCGUGCAUUUGGCAUCUGCUGUCACUGCAGGUAUAACAACAACUACAGCCACAAGUCCCAUCUGGGUGGUGAAGACCCAAAUCCAACUAGAUACCAGACCGGGAAAGUCUCUGGGGCCCAGGCGGUGCAUAAAGAGGAUAUACAAUCUCGAUGGACUGAGAGGAUUCUACAGAGGACUGACAGCGUCGUACGCAGGAACGCUGGAAACUGCGAUUCAUUUCGUGAUCUAUGAACACAUGAAGAAAGUCCUAUCGAGCAACAGACAGAGGGACCUGGAGUUGACCGAGUGCAUGUUUGCCGCCGCCGCUGCCAAAAUGACUGCCUCGUCUCUCUGCUACCCUCACGGUGAGCUUUUUGAAGAACUCGUUGCCCCUUCCCCUCUCAUUCGUGUUUCCUUGCAAUUGCUUGUUAUCUUGGGCUGGUGUUUUGAAAGUAGAUUUAGGCCCUGGUGGUGUGGUAUGUACUGCUUGAAGAUUUUUCCUUUUUUCCCCUCCCUUUCCUUGCCCCUCCCUUUCCUUGCCCCUUUCAAUUGCUUGUGCUAGCUAUGUAGCAUUUGGUUCUGAUUUGCUACUGAGCCUCCCCUUUGUCCUGGCACUGUGGUUGACCUCGGGCAUCUCUCAGAAUUUGACCUUUGGCUAUCAGACCUCUAUUGUGUGCAUAUCUGGUGUAGAAUUUUAAAGGUUUGGAAUGCUGGUUGAUUAGUGGGGAAACCCAGGUAAUUAUAUAAGCAGGGUGAAAUUGUGAUAUUCCUUUGCGUUUUACUUAUUCCCCCCUUUCUUCUUUCCCUCUCUCCUGCCCUCCCCUCUCCCACUGGCAGAGGUGUGUAGGACGAGACUACGACAGAACGUGACGAGAUCAGAGCGACGCUACCACAACUUCCUCCAGACUCUCCGCGUGGUGUGGUUCGAGGAGGGAGUCAACGGACUCUACGGUGGGAUGGGGGCUCAUCUCAUCAGGGUCGUCCCCAAUACCGCCAUCGUUUUCUUCACCUACGAAGCCGUCGUCAGAAUCUUGGGCAGUGGGAGAGACUGUUGAAACUUUCUCUGUGCGACAGAAGGACCGUGUUUGCAUGUGUUGUGUAAAGUCAUCUUCAACACAUUCAACAGAGUCAUGUGCAUAUCAUGCACCCAGUCAUUUACCUCCCCUCUCCGUCCCUCCCUUUUUUGCCCAGCUCUCCGGACCUUAUGAGUUGGGCAGCCAUUCUCUUUGUGUGUUGUUGUGUUUGUGUCAGUUUGUGUGUGUGAAAGUCCCCCAGCCUACCAAGAAGAAACACUCACUCACUUUCUCUCAAUCUUGGUGGGUUUUCACUUUUGGCAGCAUAUCACCACUACCCCCUCGUUCUCCUUAGGCAACAACUACUCUCAGAUAUAAAAUUUGUGCACCCUGUGUAAAGUUGACCCAAACUCUCAUUUUUCAACCAAAUGUCACCUAUCAAAGUCAUCUAUACUGUAUGAUUAUGCUGCAGUGUUCCCAUCUCAAAAUCAGUGGUCAUUAAUUUUACUGGUAACUUUGUACCACUGGUGUAUAAUUGUACUGUCUUUUGUGUGCCUGCACCCACAGGUGUCAAUCAUUAACAUUUUUGCAACAAUUCUUGUGUUAUUGCGAAUGAAUUUACACCCAAAUUAUUCAGAGUUCACU